AUGUCAAGCAUGUCUGCCACUGCAUCCGGGAGCAGUACAGCAUAUCUGGGAUUUUCAAAAUUUUCCUGCUACUGCGGGGAGUCGGCGGAUCUGUGGAGAUCUGGGACGACUGAGAAUCCGGGGAGGCUAUUCCUGAAGUGCGGCAUGGAAAAGAGAUGCAAGUUCUGGUUCUGGGAAGAUGAGGUGAGCGCACGAUCAACCAGAGGCUUCAACGGUCGUAGGGAGCUUGAUUCCCCUAACCAAGACGGCCAUGUCCACUCAUCGAAAGUUGUUCAGGGAAUCAAGGAUUUGCAGACGGAGCUGCUGCUUAUUCGCUUUGCUGUAAUAGCCCUUGCUCUUGCCGUCGUCUGGCUGGGGAGUAGGGUUUGA